GUUGCCAAGGUUACUUAGGCCGUAGCGGGGCGGGCGGAGGGGGGGGGUCCGUUACGGCGGCCGGGAGCGGACACGGGGCGUGGGCCCGGCCAUGGGCGACCGCGGCGGGCCGGCGGCGGGGGGUGGCGCGCGGCGGCGGCGCGGGGGGGCCCCGGGGGCGCGGCCCCCCCCGGACCCGGACCCGGACCCGGACCCCGCGCUCGGGGGCGGCCCCGCGGGCCCGGAGCAGGAGUUCCGGUGCCACAAGCUGCAGGAGUCGCUGCUCAGCUCCGCCAGCGGCUACAGCAACUACCGGGGGGUGCUCAACUGGUGCGUGAUCAUGCUGAUCCUGAGCAACGCUCGGCUCUUCCUGGAGAACCUCAUCAAAUACGGGAUCCUGGUGGACCCCAUCCAAGUGGUGUCGCUGUUCCUCAAGGACCCCUAUAGCUGGCCGUCCCUUUGCCUCAUCAUCGUGGCCAACGUCUUCGCGGUGGUGGCCUUGACCCUGGAGCGGCGCUUGGCAGCGGGCUCCAUGUCGGAGGCGGCCGGAGCCUUCCUCCACACCCUCAACCUCGUGGCCAUCCUCUUCUUCCCGGCCGCUGUCGUGCUCAUGGUCACCUCCAUCACCCCGGUCGGCUCCGUCUUCGCCUUGGCCAUCUACACCGUCCUCUUCCUCAAGCUCUUCUCCUUCAGGGACGUCAAUGGCUGGUGCCGGCAGCGGCGCGAGGCCAAGGCGGGCGGCCAGGACGCAGCUCCGGAGGGCAGGAAAGCCAACGGGGCCGUGGGGCCGAGCGGGGUCACCUACCCGGGCAACCUCACCUACGGGAAUCUCUAUUACUUCCUCUUUGCCCCCACCCUGUGCUACGAGUUGAACUUCCCCAGAUCCCCCCGGAUCCGGAAGCGCUUCCUCCUGCGGCGCCUCUUCGAGAUGCUCUUCUUCAUCCAGCUGCUGGUGGGGCUGAUCCAGCAGUGGAUGGUGCCGACGAUCCAGAAUUCCAUGAAACCCUUUCGGGACAUGGAUUAUUCCCGGAUCAUCGAGCGGCUCCUCAAGCUGGCCGUCCCCAACCACCUCAUCUGGCUCAUCUUCUUCUACUGGUUCUUCCACUCCUGCCUCAACGUGGUGGCCGAGGUGCUGCAGUUCGGAGACCGGGAAUUCUACCGGGAUUGGUGGAACUCGGAAUCCGUCACCUACUUCUGGCAGAACUGGAACAUCCCCGUCCACAAGUGGUGCCUCAGGCACUUCUACAAGCCGAUGCUCAGGCGAGGAGCCAGCAAAUGGGCGGCUCAAGCGGCCGUUUUCCUGGCAUCCGCCUUCUUCCAUGAGUACCUGGUGAGUGUCCCCCUCAAGAUGUUCCGGCUCUGGGCCUUCAUGGGGAUGGCGGCGCAGAUCCCCCUGGCCUGGUUCGUGUCCAGGUUCCUGCGGGGGAAUUACGGGAACGCGGCGGUGUGGAUCUCGCUGAUCAUCGGGCAGCCGGUCGCCGUCCUCAUGUACGUCCAUGACUAUUAUGUCCUCAACUACGAGGGGCGCCCCUGAGCGCUGCUGCGGCCCCGCGGGCGCAUUCCCGGCGCAUUCCCGGCGGGAGCGGGGCCCGGGCCGCGGCGGGAAGCGGCUCCGGGGGCUCCCUCGGCCCCCGCUCGGAGGCACUUUAAGGGCUGGGAUGAGGCCGGGAAGGUCCCGGCGGUCCCGGGCCCGCUCCUGGGGUCCUGCCCCGGCACAAUUCCUGCCUGGAAUGGCCAUGGGCGGCUCCGGCCCCGGAGCGGCCGGGCAGUAAAGAGGCUUUUGGUUUUUUCCAA